CAGGUCGACGGGAAGACAACACAAGGGUUAUUAAAUGCACAGGACAAUGGGAAACACCCGAAGUUCUCACAUGCUUUGAACGCAGCACUGUUGACGUCCUGGAUGUGGGCGGGGCUGGAGCGGAGGAACUGUGACCACGUGGAUGGGGCCUUCGCUUGGGCCGCGGGCCGCAGCCAUUACUGGUGUUGUCUACUCGGUCACCGACAGGGCUCGCUAACAGACAGCCGGUGAACACGGCAGACAACCUGAACCCGAAAGUGAAAGCAAAAAGCAGCCGCAGGUCAGCACUUUGUUCAGAGACAACAACACGGCGCUGCUACAGUUUCACAAGAGCUCUGCAGUAUGGAGUUUAUCACAGACAUCUGUCUCAUCAUUGAUAAAACUUACGAAGACUCUGGAAGCUUAAUGAGGAUCCUUCAACCGUACAGUCUUGAGAAAAAAGGUUCCUGCUACAUAGUGAGAGGAACCUAUGAGGAGCUGGAGCAGCUGGCAACCAAACUGUCGCAGAGACAUAGCUUCAGUCCCAUCACACACGGAUCAACCCGUCAGCAGGACGAGCAUGCUUCACCUCAUGUCAAACCUGUGGAAGUAUCGGGGGUUGUUAUGGACUACAUUGAGCUAAAAUGUGCAAAAGAACUUGAGAAAAUUCAAGGGAACAGCAUUGCCAUUGAAACACAGCCUGAACCCAGAACCGUACACAAUAAACCCAGUGGCACAGUACAGGUGACUUUCAGAUCGCACCAUGGCUCCUCGCACCGUGUCCGUGCUGACUUUGUCAGACAGCGAUUCAUCACAUUUUACCAGCGGACUGCCUCUGACCUGCAGGUCACAUCUGUCCCUGUGGGUCCGCAUGACCACAAAGAACUGCAGAGGAGAUUUCCAUGCCUCCUCUUGAAGCCCAGCCUCAGAAGAUCUGAAGUAACUGUGAUCGGGCCUUUUGUGCACAUUGCUAACUUAAAAGAGUUCCUUUCACAAAACAGGCCGAGCUCUAGCAAGAGUCCAGUGAACAAAGGUCCAGCAGAGGCUCCAAGCAGCAGAACCUCGGGUCCUUCAUCUACACACAGCAAAGAUCCCGAAGAAGAAUCAUGUCCAAUCUGUAUGGAACCGAUAGCAACCGCCGAGAAAAAGACUCUGCGGUGCAAGCACUCGUUCUGCAGAAAUUGUCUGAAAACAGCCUUUGACUACAAGCCUGUGUGCCCGACGUGUGGAGAGUUGUACGGCACUUUGACAGGGACACAACCUGAUGGAGGCGAGAUGAGGUCCACCACAAGCUCCGCAUCUCUGCCUGGAUAUGAGAAAUAUGGAACAAUAACCAUCCAUUAUUACAUUCCAAGUGGCAUCCAAAAGGAGGAGCAUCCUAACCCCGGGCAGCCAUAUGAAGGUGCAUCCCGUACAGCCUAUCUCCCUGACUCCUCAGAGGGCCAACAGAUCCUGAAACUGCUGAGGCGGGCCUUUGAUCAGAGACUGGUCUUCACUGUGGGUCGCUCCACCACCAGCGGCAGGAACAACAUGGUCACAUGGAACGAUAUUCACCACAAAACCUCCACACAUGGGGGGCCGACUCACUAUGGAUACCCAGACCCUGAUUAUCUCAGCCGAGUGAGAGAUGAACUCCGAGUCAAGGGAAUUGAAUGAGUCACUUUAAGACCGAGACAAGACCGACCCUUUGAGGUUUGAGACCACGUCAAGACCAUGACCAGAUUUGUGUUAGACAGCCAGAGCUUCCUCUCCUGUCUCCUGCAUUCACUUUCUUGGGAGUGCGUGUAAAGGGGGCAGGGAGAGGGGGGUUUACGGUUACAUAUUUCAAAUUAGAUAUAAGUCAAGUUAUUGGUUGCAUUGGCGAGUUUUAACACAUAGGCAUAAAUCAGACAAUGCACAGGCAAUUUAGUGAAAUCCCUGCAGGUGUAGUCUUGAAAUAAAAUCGCGAAUCCUCUUUAUCUGAGACCAAGACAAGACCCAGUAAAAAUGCGGUCCAUUCUGAGACGAGACCUUCAAAAAUUGGUCUUAAGAUCGAUCUCGAGUACUACAACACUGCUCCGGGCACGGACAAUGUACUUCAAUUUAC